AUGGAGAACGAUGCUGAGACAGUUCCUAAAAAGAAGGAAGGGAAUGGUGAAAAGCAUGAUGAUGGUGAAGAUGAAGAUGAUGAAGAUGAUGAUGAUGAUGAUACCACCACCACAAACAUCAUCAUCAUCAUCAUCCAGAAAGUGGCACAAUUUUGGCAGCUCUGGAUCCAGCGGGUGCAGCCACAGUUAUUUUCUUCCUUGGUUGGAUCCAUCGGCAUGGGAAUGGUUUUCUUUUGCUCUCCCAUCGUCAGCAUCUUCACCGACCGGAUCGGAUGCCGGACCACUGCCGCCUCAGGAGCCGCCAUAGCGUUCAUCGGCCUCUUCUCCAGUUCGUUCACCAAGUCCCUGGAAGUCCGCUACUUCACCUACGGGAUCCUCUUCGGAUGUGGCAGCUCCUUCGCCUUCCAUCCCUCCCUGGUCAUUCUGGGGCACUACUUCAAGCGGCGACUCGGCUUGGCCAACGGGCUGGUGACAACCGGCAGCUGCCUCUUCUCCGUGGGCCUCCCGUUCCUCCUGAAGGUGGUUGGGCGGGCCCUGGGGCUUGCUCACACUUUCCGGAUGCUGAGCGCCUUUAUGCUGGUCCAGAUCUUCUUGUCCCUGACCUUCCGCCCCAUGUUUCCAUCCGCUUCGGAUUGUCGCAAUAGGAAGGAGGUCCAUCCAGACAGCCGGAGCUGGACGCAGCAGUGCGUUUCGCAGAUGCGGAAAUAUUUCAACUUGCGAGUCUUCAGGAGAAAGACUUACCGGGUUUGGGCUUUUGGAAUAGCAACUGCAAUCCUGGGAUACUUUGUCCCUUACAUGCAUCUGGUGAAGUUUGUAGAAGUGGAGUUCAAAGAAAAGGAAAAAGCAUGGGUUGUGCUGGUGUGCUUGGGAGCCAUGUCAGGAGUUGGGCGCCUGGCCUCAGGACCAAUUGGUGAUCUCAUCCCUGGACUGAAGAAGAUUUAUUUGCAGGUCGCGUCCUUCAUCAUCUUGGGGAUCAUGUGCAUGAUGUUGCUACAGUGCCAAGCAUUCUGGGGGGUGAUUGUCGUCUGCCUCUUCCUUGGACUUUGUGAUGGACUCUUCAUCACCCUAAUGGCCCCCAUUGCCUUUGAGCUGGUUGGGCCCAUGGAGGCUUCUCAAGCCAUUGGCUAUCUCCUGGGACUCAUGGCCAUUCCAAUGUCAGCUGGCCCCCCAAUUGCAGGACUUCUCCGUGACCAUUUUGGGAAUUACCAGCUUGCCUUCUACUUUGCUGGAGUUCCUCCAAUAAUUGGAGGCCUCAUUCUUGCAUUUGUUCCCUUCAUCCAUCAGUGUCAGCUCAAGAAGAAACGACUGGAUUCGGGGAAAGACAAGAUGUUGGUUUCAGAGAUGGUCAUGAAUGGAGAGCUCCUCCCAGGUUCUCCAGCCACAGAGGCAUACAUCUAAAGCUACGUUGUAAACUCUGUCACCAGCAGCGUUUUCUGAUCCCUGUCUGAGCCGAGAUCUUUUGAAAGAGGAACUUAGCCUCUUCAGUGAUAGCAGAAAAUCAUCCUGUUGGUAAACUAAAGACAAUCCUGAUCAAAUACGUGGCUUUCAAGUUGAUUUUGAGUUUGCUUUGCCUUUUUCCUACCGAAGACAUUCUAAUUGUUCUCUCAUUUAUUUCCCUGCUGUGACUUUUUUCUAGUUGGCACAUUAGUAGAUUAUGCAUAGAUGACUGUGAUAACAUUUUAAUAGAUUGUGUUGGACCAA